AUGUCCGGUCGACUGCGAAUAGGGAUUGACCGUGACGUAUACCAGGUUGUCCGCAAGCUCGAAGAUGAGCAACCUGUCAAAGUACCGCGUCUCACCGUCACCUCGGUCUAUGAGAGCAUCAGGCGAUCAAACUCAAGCCUGGCAAGGCAGAAGAGGCGUCCACUGGAGGAUGCAAUCGAACGGGUCUUGACUGUCCGGAAGCAGGAGAUCAAGGCCUUAGAAGCUGAUGAUGACGAUUCGGAUGAGCUCUUGGAAGCGACGGCCGCUGCGAGGGAGACAGAUAAGCCCAAGGACGCCUUCAUCCUCAACAAGCAGCUCACUAAGCACUGGAACUUCGGCUCUGCGACGCCCACCACUACGGAAAACUCCCCAUCUGCGCAGUCUGCUCUCCCCGACCAGAAAGACGGCGAGCAGCCGACUGAGAUGGAGAUUGACUCCGCGCCUACCGAGAGGCAGAGUAACGGCGAGCCUCGUCUUAAGAGGCGGAGGGCGGAUCGGCCUUCUAAACCUGCUGUUGACCGGAGCCCUCCCACUGGGCUUUCCAUCGAGGAUAUGUCAGGCAUUCAGGAGACUCUCGCACAACUGGAGAUCCCCGUCCUUAUCCCUCUACUCUACCCUCACCUCUACCGCGAUGUCCACUGCAAAGUCUCCCCAGCUGCACUUCUCCACGGCCCUUCUGGCUGCGGCAAGACGGCCCUCGCCAAUGCGCUGGCAAACUUUGUAGGAGCUCCCUUCAUCUCGGUUUCAGGGUCUACCCUGACGAGUGGAAUUUCUGGAGAAUCUGAGAAGAAGAUCCGCGAUAUCUUUGACGAGGCCAUAUCUCUUGCGCCAUGCAUCCUCUUCAUUGACGAGAUAGACUGCAUUGCUGGCAAGACAGACAAUGCCCAGAAGGCGAUGGAGACGAGGAUGGUGGCCGAGAUAAACACUGGUAUGGACCGGCUUGAAAGGAGCACCCCGCCGGGCAAGACGGUGGUCGUCCUCGCCGCCACCAGCAAACCCGACACGAUGGAUCUGAGCGUCAGGCGACGCUUUGCAACAGAGGCCGAGAUGGGUAUGCCCAAUGAGAAGGCAAGGGAGGAAAUUCUCCGGACCAUGUCUCAAGGGCUGGCGUUGGACGAUGAUGUCGACUUCAAAGUGUUGGCUCGCCUCACCCCCGGCUAUGUCGGUGCUGAUCUCAAGAGCGUCAAGAUCACUGCCGUGAACAACGCCGUGUACCACCAGGCCUCUCAAAGCACGUCACAGCUAAACGGAAAUCAAAGCCCCCCAGAUGGUUUAGACGACACGCAGAAAAGGCUUUGGCACCUUCGUGCCGCGGCUCCGGCCAACCCCCCAGACGAGGCCUCAUCAUCCAGCAUAAAAGUCACCUUUGCAGAUUUCAAGAAAGCCAUUGAAUCCACCGAGCCGGCAGCCAAGAGAGAAGGCUUCAGCACCAUCCCUGACACGUCCUGGUCCAAGGUCGGCGCCAUGCGGGACGUGCGCCAGAAGCUGGAGGAGAACAUCAUCGGACCCAUCACGGACCCGGAGCGCUUCGCCAGAGUCGGCAUCCGGCCCGGGGCCGGCAUCCUCCUAUGGGGACCCCCCGGCUGCGGAAAGACGCUCGUCGCCAAGGCCGUCGCCAACGAGUCCAAGGCCAACUUCAUCUCCAUCAAGGGCCCCGAGGUCCUCAGCAAGUGGGUCGGCGAGUCGGAGCGCGCCGUCCGCAAGCUCUUCGCCCGCGCGCGGGCCUCGGCGCCCUGCAUCGUCUUCUUCGACGAGAUGGACGCCCUCGUGCCCGUCCGCGCCGACGCCUCGGUCGACGCGAGCACGCGCGUCGUCAACGCCCUGCUCACCGAGCUCGACGGCGUCGACGGCCGCCGCGGCGUCUUCGUCAUCGGCGCCACCAACCGGCCCGACAUCAUCGACCCGGCCAUCCGCCGCCCCGGCCGCCUCGGCAGCAGCGUCUACGUCGGCCUGCCCAGCCCCGACGAGCGCGUCGACAUCCUGCGCACCCUCUACUGCAACGAGAUCCCGGCCCAGUACCGCGUCGCGCAGGACCAGCUCCUGGCCGACCUGGCCAAGGUCGCCCACGACGCCCGGUGCCACAACUUCUCCGGCGCCGACCUGGUCCAUCUGCUCCAGGCUGCGGGCAAGGCCUGCCUUCGCCGGGUGGAAGCCGAGAAGGAUACCAUCAUCACGAUAGAGGACUGGGAGACGGCGUUGAACGAGGUUAAGCCCAGUGUCAAGGACCUGGAUAAGUAUCAGAGGCUGUUGGAUGCAGGGGAGUAG